GAACGGCGUGUAUCCGAUCGUUUUGGAUUAUGCACAGCACCUGUUCGAUGAAAUGCCUGAACGAGAUAAGUAAAGUUUUCGUUGACUAAAAAAACAAACAGGUCAUGAUAUUCCCUUAAUUAGUUUUUUUAGAUCUGUUAAACUCAUCAACUUGCACGUUAUCUCUGUAUUUGUAUUUCUCGAAGAAUGCAAAAUAACAAGUUCUAAACUUGUUUACUUUGUAGAAAGGUUGACUUAAAGACUUAUGAGUUUAUUAUGUGUAAUACACACGGUAUUUUUAUGUGGACAGUAUAAGAUGGGAGAUUUCUUUGUCCAUUAAUUCUUCUUUUUUUGUUUCCAUUCUCGUACAUUGAGUCAACGGUCUAUUGUAGAGCUUGUUUAUAUUCAAAGAAGCAGUCUGAACAUCCUAAGAGGUUUAAGUUUUAUUUUUUUCUCUUAGUCUCUCUCAAUGCUGAGUUCAUCCACAUGAAGUUUUUGCUCAUAUUCAAGUUUCCAGAAGAGAUCUUUGUAGGAGGAAGAGGAAUAUAAACAAGGGAAAAAAGAUGGGUAUGGUUUUAUUUGCUUGCUUGCUCUUACUAAUCAUAUUCCCAACUUGUGGUUAUGCAGCUAUAAACACAACGAGUCCUUUGUCAAUAGGACAAACUUUGAGUUCCCCUAGUGGUUUUUAUGAGCUAGGCUUCUUCAGUCCUAAUAAUACUCGGAAUCAGUAUGUUGGGAUCUGGUUUAAGAAGAUUGUUCCUCGGGUUGUUGUGUGGGUUGCUAACAGAGAUACUCCAGUUACAAGCUCUGCAGCAAAUCUGACUAUCAGCAUCAAUGGGAGCCUGAUCUUGCUUGAGGGGAAACAAUAUGUUAUUUGGUCAACAGGAGAAGGUUUAACAUCUAACAAAUGUCAUGCGGAGCUGUUAGAUACUGGUAAUCUUGUUGUGGUUGAUGAUGUUUCCGGAGAAAAGUUAUGGCAAAGUUUUGAGAAUCUUGGUAAUACUAUGCUGCCUCAGUCAUCAUUGAUGUAUGAUAUUCCUAAUGGCAAGAAGCGUGUGCUGACUACAUGGAAAAGUAACAACGAUCCGUCGCGUGGGGAGUUCUCACUGGAGAUUACGCCACAAAUCCCCACACAGGGCCUUAUAAGAAGAGGCUCAGCACCUUACUGGAGAUGUGGUCCGUGGGCGAAAACAAGAUUCUCCGGGAUAUCUGGAAUUGAUGCAUCAUAUGUAAGUCCAUUCAGCGUUGUCCAGGAUAUAGGAGCUGGCACAGGAACUUUCUCUUAUUCCACGUUAAGAAACUAUAAUCUUUCAUAUGUUAAAUUAACACCAGACGGGCAUAUGAAGAUCCUCUGGGAUGAUGGAAAAACUUGGAUGCUUCACUUGUCUCUCCCAGACAACCCAUGUGAUCUAUAUGGUAGAUGCGGGCCUAAUGGUUUGUGUGUGAGAUCUAAUCCCCCAAAGUGUGAGUGCGUGAAAGGGUUUGUACCAAAGUCUGAUGAGGAGUGGCGAAAAGGAAACUGGACAAGUGGGUGUGUUAGACGUACUCUACUGUCUUGCCAGGCAGACUCUUCUUUGAAAACAAAAGGAAAGGACACAGAUAUCUUCUAUCGUAUGACCGAUGUAAAGACUCCGGAUCUGCAUCAAUUUGCAAGCUUUCUCAAUGCAGAACAGUGCUACCAGGGUUGUCUAGGCAACUGUUCUUGCACAGCCUUUGCCUAUAUUAGUGGAAUUGGAUGCUUGGUUUGGAAUGGGGAGCUUGUAGACACAGUACAGUUUUUGACUAGUGGAGAGACUCUCUUCAUUCGUCUUGCAAGUUCAGAAUUGGCUGGAAGCAGUCGAAGGAAAGUUAUUGUAGGUACUACUGUCAGCCUUUCCAUUUUCGUGAUCUUGGUCGUUGCCGCAUUUCUGUUGCGGAGAUACAGAGCGAAACAAAAUGAUGCACGGAAGAAAGGUUUUGAACCACAAGAUGUCUCAGGCGUCAAUUUCUUUGAGAUGCAUACAAUACGAACUGCCACCAAUAACUUCAGUUCCUCAAAUAAACUUGGUCAAGGUGGAUUUGGUCCAGUUUACAAGGGAAAGUUGGUAGAUGGGAAGGAAAUAGCUGUCAAACGUCUUGCUAGUAGCUCUGGUCAGGGUACAGAGGAGUUCAUGAAUGAAAUAACACUGAUCUCAAAAUUACAACAUAGAAACUUGGUUCGGCUUUUGGGAUACUGCAUCGAAGGAGAAGAGAAGCUACUGAUUUAUGAGUUCAUGGUUAACAAAAGCCUCGAUAUUUUUAUAUUUGAUUCAUCUCUAAAGUUCGAGCUUGAUUGGCCAAAGAGAUUUAAUAUCAUUCAAGGUAUUGCUCGUGGACUCCUCUAUCUCCACCGUGACUCACGCCUCAGAGUUAUUCACCGUGACCUCAAGGUCAGCAACAUUCUUCUUGACAAAAAAAUGAACCCGAAGAUAUCGGAUUUUGGACUGGCUCGGAUGUUUCAGGGAACUCAAUAUCAAGACAACACUCGCAGAGUUGUAGGAACUCUAGGAUAUAUGUCUCCUGAGUAUGCCUGGGCAGGGUUGUUCUCUGAGAAGUCCGACAUCUAUAGUUUCGGAGUUCUGUUGUUAGAAAUCAUCAGCGGGAAGAAAAUUUCACGGUUCAUUUAUGGUGAUGAGAGCAAAGGCCUUCUUGCAUAUACAUGGGAUGCUUGGCUUGAAACCGGGGGAUCAAAUCUUCUGGACAGAGAUCUUACUGACACAUGCCAAGCAUAUGAAGUAGCGAGAUGUGUUCAGAUCGGUCUGCUCUGUGUUCAACACGAAGCCGCUGACAGACCAAACACCCUUCAAGUACUAUCCAUGAUUACUUCUACAACAGACCUUCCAAUACCAAAGCAGCCAAUAUUUGCAGUGCAUACUCUUAACGAUUUGCCAAUGUUAGAUGCUCAAUCUCAUGAUUUCUUCUCUGCAAAUGAGAUAACACAAUCUAUGAUCCAAGGACGAUAAUCCUAAGAUCUUGUUAUCCCACUAGCUACAUAAGUAGUAUAUACAUGUAAAUUUCAUGAACGUGCUCUCGUAAAGCCCCAACAUUUCGUUGACCUAAGACAGGUCAUAGUAUUCGUUAAAAUAUUGUUAUUACCCGUCGCAAUGAUAUUGUUUUUGAGGCAUUGUGACUUGAGAGUGUCGUCCUCUUCACUCUCAUUUUUAUACUUAUUUCGAUGAAAGUCUUCGACUUUGGUUACAAGCGUCAAUAACUAUGCUUUUCUGGGUAGUUGGCUGGUAGCUGUGUCUUUCUGUUAAGUUACUGCUUUGGACUUUUGGAACUUGUGGGUUAUGCACUGAAUGUGUUCGAUGAAAUGCGUGAACGGGAGUUUAAGUCUCAAAGUCUAGGUAGUGGGACCAAUUGUUGAAGCCGCCCAUGAAAAGUCAUAUCUUCACUAAUUAGCGAACAUCUGUAACUCUUCAGCUGGAAGCAAGCGAGUCAAGAUUAUCACUGUUAGCACUGUCAGCCUCUCUGUUUGCUUGAUUUUGGUGCUUGUUGCAUAUGGGUGUUGGAGAUACAGAGUAAACCAAAACGGAUUCAAGUGUUGUAUCUGAGAAAUCCGACAUUUACAGCUUCGGAGUUUUGAUGCUCGAAAUCAUCACCGGGAAGGAGAUUUCAAGCUUCAGCUAUGGCAUAAAUUGCAAAAACGUUCUUUCAUAUGUAAGAAGAACAUAUCUUAAACACUUGCAUGGGAUUGAACCUACCGGAUGAAGAUCUUGCUGAUUCUGAUUCAGUUGAUUCUUAACUCUUACUUUUUUUCCCGGGUUAUUAAUUUGCAUGGGAUUCUUGAAGCGAAGCCGGGGGAGUGAACCUACUGGAUGAAAUCUUGCUGAUUCUGGUUCAGUUGAUUCAGUUGAAGCAAGAAGAUGCGUUCAUAUUGGUCUUCUCUGUGUUCAGCAUCAAGCUAUUGAUAGACCAAACAUCAAACAACUUAUGUCAAUGCUGACUUCAACAACGGAUCUACCUAAGCCAACACAACCAAUAUGUAAUGGACACAUCUAGGGAGCUAAAUGCUUCCUCGUGAAUGUUCAUGUUCUAAUCUGAUUCUUCCACAAGGAAUGGCAUGUAUUAUUUAACAUACUAGUAUUCCAACCCGUACUACGUACGGGCUAAAUUCACUUCAUUGUUGUA